CCAUUUCUGCUUCCAGGCGUUCGCUUUCCUCGAGCACUCCGUCCUUCCUGAAAGCAUCGUUCGGCGUAUCUCGGAAAAUCUCCUAGUUGCUUCAAGCUAAUCGCUUAUGCAUCGGAACUCAAACUCGGUCUAGCUUUCCGUCUUGGCGUGCGUCAACCCACCGCCAUAGGCAACGGUGACAUGCGAGGCUUCCUGACAGCUGGAUUCGACCUUACACAGUUGGAUCCUACCUUGAACAGUUAGAUUCCACCUUAGACAGUUGGAACCUACCUUGAACAGUUAUAUUCCACCUUAAACGCCACCACGUAUUCGUUCCGAGGGUGCAGCAUUGAAAUCCAUGGCCAUCGUCGGAUUCUAUCCGUUCUCGUCCGCUAAUCUCCACGUCUAUUCAAACGUCUUAUUCACGCCUUCCUCCGUCAGGGCAGCAUGCGUCGCGCAUCUUAUUGGGCUGAGUGCAGCCCAUGGAUCUUUGGCAGAGACCCAUUUCCAACACAUCUCGUGCCUCAUUCAUCCUGCAUACCGUACUACAGUAAACGGCGUCUGGACAUUCUGCAUCAAUCCUCGUGCAUCGUUCUCCGUGGAUUGGUCCUCGUGCGUUGUGCAUCAUGCGCUGCCAGCUGGCGGCUCACCGCGACCCCUCGCCAUGGCGCUUCCCGUGCACCCACCUCCCUCGCAUCUCCUGUGCGACGAGCGCUGUCAUUUCGAACAGCAUCGGCCUUCUGAAAGUCCUGGGAGUUCCCAAAUCCCGAGAAACUGGCCCUGGUCUGCCGAGGGAAACUCGAGAGUUAACCAACCCUCGGACUUCCGAACCUUGGAAUCAGCUACUGAGUCGUACGUCAAGGUUCGAGGCUCGGAGAUCUCGACCUUACCUACAUGCCUGAAUCCAUGGCGCUUGCCCUGACCUGUGUUACGCAUGGUAUGGUGACUGCGCCGUGCCACAGACUCCUGCGCCUGCUGCCACUGGCCGUUCUCCGCUGCAGCGCCCCUUAAUCACCAUCAACUCAAAGAGCCAGGCGACCGGUAUAAACAUGGGGUGGAUACGGCGUCUCAAUCUCCCUAAUCGGAUCUCCCCGUUUGGCCUCCUCUCGUGAUUCAUUCCCUGGGUGUCACGGAAGGCAUGGAUCGUGGUCGAUCUGACUCAUCUGAGGCCCUCCCCCACGGCAAGGCUGUUCCUCCUGGCGCGUCUCGGGCAGCAGGCAGUUUCGCUGCUUCCCCAGGCGAGUCUCAGGCAGAGGACAGUGUCAGUGAGUUCUUUGACUGCCUUACGUCAGCCAGCAGCAGCUCGGAAGCCAUCCCUUCCUAUCCUCCCUCUCCCUCCUUCGCUGCUUCGUCUCCCCCCCAUCGUCGUCUCCUUCUUCCUCCUCUGUUCUCGGCCCCAUCCGCUCCUCCCUUCCCUCAUCUCCCUCCUCUUUCAUAUCCUUCUUUCCCUCCGCUUCCGCUGCCCCUCAACCAGUCUGCUCCGUAUCCCUAUCUUCCUCCCCCUCUCCUCCAUCCUGCGACUCCUCCCUCCCUCUCUGCGCAAGCUGCAUACGACAUCAUCUUUCCCCUCUAUCAAGAGGCUGCUACAGCCGCUGCUGAGGCAGCAGAAGCGGCUGAAAGCGCAUCUGUAGCGCAGCGUUUGGCAGUAUCUGUUGCUGGCAGGGCGGCAGCCUCCCAGGCAGAGGCUACAGCCGUCGCUGCAGCAGCUGCUGCUUCUGCGGAAGCUGCAGGGAAGGCUGAUGUUGAGGCAAGAACCGCUUCAGCAAAGGCAGAGAGAGGAGCAGCGAAUAUUGAGCGCGCCUUAGCCACAGUCUGGGGAGGAGAAUUCUCAGCUGAAGAGCAAGUACUCGCGUCAGCCCCGAUUUACCACCCUUCGGCGGAACCAGAAACAGCGCAAGUGGGUCCAGGAGAUAGGGGAUUUGGAAUUUCAGAGGAAGGGGAUUCUCCAGACGGAAUGAAGCGGCGAAAAGCACGUGGAGAAGAGUCUGAUGAUUGCGCAGACAUCGGAGGGGAAAGGGAAGCAGGUGCGGAGGAGAGGAGCAGGAAGAGAAUGACGGGGAAAGGGAAGGGAAGAUGGUCAGGGGAAGGGACUGGGAGUGGGACAGGGGCCGUGGUAGCUUCACUUGCUGCAGUAGCAGCAGCCACAGCACCAGCAGCAACAGCACCAGCAGCAGCGACAGCAGCGGCAUUUCAGCAUGUGCCAAGGAGAAGUUUGGCCCUUAAUGGGCCAAUAACCAGGAGAGGAAGGCUGCAGCAUACUCGUGCUGCUAGCUCCCCUUACUAUGAGCGCUUCCCUCACUUUCCGUAUCAUAGUCCCAUGCAUCCCUCGGCCAUGCGCUCGCACACUACCCCUGCUCCUGCUCCUACUAAUACUGCAACUGUUCUUUCGCUCUCCCUUCCAGCUCAGCCCGGCCCAGGAGAAGCUCAGGCACGAGCUUGUGAAGAUGCCACCAUGGCAUCUUCCCAGGCAGGUCAGCAGGGCAUGCCUGCUCAACCUCCCCCGAGUCAAGACUUGAGGCUCUUUGACGUUUCCCAGGGUCAGGGCCAGAAAGCUGAAGGGCCGCAGAGGGCAGUUCAGCCGGCUGUUCACCAGAGGGCUUCCACUGGGGAGCAGGAGAGAGGGCUCAGAGGACGGGUGGCAGGAGAAGUUGGUGCACCAGCACCAGCACCAGUACCAGCAGCAGCACCGGUCAAAGUGAUGCAUGCACCGGCACAAGGUCGUGGUGAGUCCAAGGCUAUACAUUCUGAGCACUCACUUCAGCCGGCUGUUGAGGCAUCUUCUGGUGGGCAGGAGAGAGGGGGUCGAGGUGGGGUAGGGAGAGGAAGACGUUGGGAGGAGGCUCCGCUGUUGGGAGUGCAUGUGAGGGAGGGGGGGGGAAGCGAACAGUGGGGAAGCGGUCAGUGGGGAAGUGGACAGCGGGGAGGGGAUGAGUUUGGUGAGCAAAACAACCAGGAGCAGCAGCGACUGCUAUGGGAACAGGAAUGGCCGCAGCUGCAGCACUUGAAGCAGCAGCAGCUGGAGCGGAUGUGGGUGAACCAGGUGCAGCUCUGGUGGCACGAGGGAAGCAUCUCUUCGAGCGAUUACACAGCGCUUCUGCAGCCAAACUCUCCUCACUACCAGCGGUGGCUGCUCUAUUACCAACAACAGCUGUACGACCAGAAUCAGCUAUGCUACCAUCAGCCAUGGCCAUACAACCAGCACAUUCCGCAGCUUCAGCAGCAGCAGCAGCAGCAGCAGCGGCCGCCUUAUGACCAUGACGGAACGCGGCAUGGUACCCAUGGUAGUACCAUGCCUGAGCGAGAGCACGACCAUGCCAUCAUGACAUCGUCAGCCGAAGCUGGUCCAUCCACUCCCUGGGCCUACGACCCUUUCAGUACUGACCUCCCCAGUUGCGACCUCCUCCAGGUGCUUGACACCAUGCCUCCCUCUUCUGUUGCUGCAGCUGCCACUGCUGCUGUAUCUGCCGCUGCUGCUAUGCCAGCGUCUGCUGCUGUCAAAGCUCCGGCUCCUCCACUCCAGCUACCCCUUCCCCCCUACACCGUGCAUCAGUCACAGACAAGCCUCUUCAGAGAUACUGCUGCCUUCGCUGUCCCGCUUCCCUCCCGGGACUCUGCUCGUGCCUCGGCUGGUUUCGGAGUGCUGGUGGUGCAUCGGGGGGAUAUCACCAAGUGGUUCGUGGACGGCACAAGCGACGCCAUUAUUAAUGCUGCAAACGAGUCAGUUCUUGGUGGAGGUGGGGUCGAUGGAGCCAUUCACAGUGCAGCAGGCCCCAACCUCCUGAAGCUGUGCCGCGACCUGCCGAGGCUGAAGAAUGGUGAUCGCUGCAGGACAGGGGAUGCUGUGACAACAGGAGCUGCUAGGCUUCCAGCACGCUACGUGAUCCAUGCUGUGGGCCCAAGGUACCGGUCAGAGGAAGUAUCAGCCCCCGUGCUGAAAAACGCAUACAGGAGCAUUUUACGGGAGGCCACCAAGUCAGCUAUCAAAUUUAUCGCCAUACCCGCAAUAUCAUGCGGCAUAUUCGGGUACCCUCCGAGGAAGGGCGCCCAAGCAGCCAUCGAAGUGUUGCGCACCGCAGCAUGGGGAUCCGUGCUAGAGGUGCACUUUGUGCUCUUCGACCAUAAGAUGCUGAACGACUGGCUUGCUGCCACCCAUGCUGCCAAGCUGCCACAGCUGACGGUGCAACAGCCAGCGCAGUUUGCACAACAGAUAUUGCAUCUGGCACCGCAGGAAAUCACUCAUGAGUGGGCACAUCAGCCACCAAAGCAGGCACUGAAAGAGUUGAAAGGAAAGAAAUUGCAGCAGCAGGCGGUACAACAAGGGCAAUCAGGCAAGACAGCAGGGCAGGCAGAGAAUCGACAACAGUAUCAGGCACAGCAGCAGGAGUUACAGCAGCAGCCACAGCAACCACAGCAGGCACAGCAGCAGACCCAGCAGUCACAGCAGCAGACCCAGCAGUCACAGCAGCAGCUGUCACUGCAAGCGCCUUCUCAAAAUCCAGCGCAGCAGCAGGAGGAGCAGCAGCCUCAGAAGUCAGCACAGUCACCACCGCGAUCAAAGGAUGAGCAGGCCGAAAAGAAGGAGCAACAGGAGGAUUCAGAGCAGUCUCAUAAGCCAUCGCAGCAGCCAGUGCAUGUGUGGCUGCAGGAAAAGAGGGAGAUUGGGACGCCCGGUGGGGGGGAGAGAGGAAAGAGAGGGAAGGUUGGGAAGGAGUUGAACUGUGAUCGGAGUGUGAGUGCUGACAAGAGUGGUGACUUUGGGAUGAACAUGGGUGAAGUAGUCAGAGUGAGAGAUGGAAAUGGGAGAAGGCAAGAUAAGGAGGGUAGGGUGGGGAGAGACGAGAACUCAGGAGGCGAAGCUGAUUUGCUGGGCUUAGGGCGUGACGGGCAGUCAGGGGGGCAUGGCUGGGAGGCCUGGGGCAAGACUGAUAAUGCAACAGGUGCAAGGGGUAUAUCAGUUACUGGACUGUGCAACUGGACUGAGGGUGUAUCGGGUACUGUGGAAGGAUGGGGGUUGACUGCAAGACCGGCGGCAGUUGGAAUGGCUGGUGCUGGGAACCUGGCUAUGCCACGAGAUCUGCUGACACACGGAGCGCUGGUGACACCUGGAGACCUGAACACCUGGGCAUCCCAACCACUGAGGGCACCUGCUGUGGAGGUCGGUGGUAAGGGCUCAAGCAUGGCAGUAGGGGUUGAAGCUUCAAGCAUGGAAGGGGACCUGAUGGACUGCUCUCCUGGUAGCCGGGAAUCUAUGGCUGACGAGGAGGUUCCGUUGCUGGCACCAGCACCAGCACCAGCACCAGCACCAGCACCAGCACCAGCACCAGCACCAGCACCAGCACCAGCACCAGCACCAGCACCAGCACCAGCACCAGCUGCAGCACCAGCAGCAGCAGCAGCGCCAGCUGCACCAGCACCAGCACCAGCACCAGCACCAGCACCAGCACCAGCACCAGCACCAGCACCAGCUGCAGCACCAGCAGCAGCAGCAGCGCCAGCUGCACCAGCAGCAGCACCAGCAGCACCAGCAGCACCAGCAGCACCAGCAGUACCAGCAGCACCACGAGUACCACCAGCAGCAGCACCACCAUCAGCAGCAGCAGCAGCACCAGUAGCAGUAGCCAACACUGUACCUGCUUGUACAGCAGCAGCCAGCGUUACUAGACCUGAGAAAGCGUGGGGUGGAAGCUCCCCUUCCUGCAAAACGCCGCAACCCAUUUUUUCACCACCUUUACCAGCUCCAGCGCCAGCAGCAGCACACCCAGCAAUAUCCAACACUGUACCUGCUAGCACCGUAGCAGCCAGCGCCACAGGGCCUGCGAGAGCGUGGGGAGGAGGCACUGCUUCUUGCCAAACGUCACAAUCCACUGCAGCACCACCAUCAGCACCAUCACUGGCAGCAGCAGCAGCAGAACCAGAACCAGCAGCACCAGCAUCAGCCAGCAUUGUACCUGCUAGUACCGUAGCAGCCAGCGCUACAGGGCUUGGGAAAGCGUGGGGAGGAGGCACUGCAGGUAGGGACCUGUUCAGGUGCAGCAGCAGAGUGCCGGAAACGGUGAGAGAUAUAACAAUGAGGGAUGCAGUGAAGGCUACAGUCACGGAUACAGUAAGGGAUGCCGAAGGGGACAUGGAUCAAGGUGAUCAAAUGGCGAUGCUGCCAGCGUGUGCUUCCGGGGAUGUUGAAGCCUCUGGUUGGCUGGACGCUGCUGCCUCUGCCGUUGUCUCUGCUCUUGCUGCUGAAGUUACUGUCCCACCGCGGCCACCUGCCCUCUCAGUCCUGGAUGAUGCGUCUCGCCUUUCUGCUCCGCUCCUUGAGGCACUGCCUGACGAUGCCUCUGCUGCUGCCUCUGCUGCUGCCUCUGCUGCUGCCUCUGCUGCUGCCUCUGCUGCUGCCUGCGUUGCUCUUGCUGCCGAAGUGACGAUCCCACCACAGUCGCAUGCCCUGUCUGCCUGGGACCGCGCCCCCACUCCAGAUCGGUUUGAAGCCUUCCUAAGCUCUGCCCCAUCGCCACCCCCAGCACCACCACCACCCCCAACAUCCCCACCACCCCCGGCACCACCACCACCCCCGAAGUCCCCACCACCACCACCUGCCAAUGCCUCUGACACUUCGGCUGGUCUUGCUGUUACUUCUGCUGCUGCAAGUGCUGCCAGUGCUGCCGCUGCUACUGCCCUGGCCGAUUCUACUGCUCCCAGUGUUGUUGAUGCUUCCAUUUCCAGUGCUGCUGCUGCUGCAUGUCCUACUUAUGCCGGGGCUUGUGCUGGUUUUUCAUUUUCUGCUGUUGAUGGUGAUGCUGCUGUUGCCACUGCUCCUCAACCUGCAGUCUUGCCUGGUAAUAGCUCCAACGCUGCUGCUGCUACCACGCCAAGUUCAGAAGUUCUGUCUCUGGAUGGUUUGGGUGCUGCCAUGGCUCCUCUUCCUGUCGUCUUUCCUGCUGACAGUUUGGUUGCUGCUGCUGCUGCGGCUGAUUCAAGGCAGCGGGGUAUGGAAUGUGGAAGUGGAGAGAUCAAAAGUGGGGAGGAGAUAAUUGGAUGUGCAAGGGGGAAGGGAAGGUUGAAGGAGCAGGAGCAGGGCCAGGAGAAGAGGAGAAUGGAUGGGGAAGGAGAGGAUGAAAAAGAGGGAGGGGAGGAGGGGGGAGGAGACGUGGGAGGGGAUGGGUCUGGAGGGGAGAUGAGUGGUGAGGAGGUAAGGAAGAUGUUGCCAGCAGAAAAGAUCUCGAAGCACCAGAUGAAGAAACAAAGGAAGAUUGGGAGGAGGAACAAGAAGUAGGCAGGUGUGAAGAUGCGUAUGCGUAGGCUUGUGCACACCUACAGUUGUGUACAUAUAUAUAGCGCACGUUUUAUUGUGUAUAUUUCGUGCUGAUACAGCAGCAUGUAGUCGUGCUGCUGAUGGUGGUGCCUCUGUUUUAUACAUUUUGGCACUUAGUGCUGCACUUGCCGAUUGUACACAAUGAUAUAAAAUCAUAUGUAGAGA